GGCGGGCGGGCGGCCGGGGCGGCGGCGGCGGCGGCGGCCGGACAAUGCGCGCGGCGGGACGGCGCUGAGCAGGCGGCGGCGAGCGACGCGGGGCCCGGGGGCGGGGCGGGGCGCCAGCCAUGGACAAUCAGUGCACUGUCCAGGUGAAGUUAGAGCUGGGGCACCGCGCCCAGCUGCGCAAGAAGCCCACCACGGAGGGCUUCACGCACGACUGGAUGGUGUUCGUCCGCGGCCCCGAGCAGUGCGAGAUCCAGCACUUCGUGGAGAAGGUGGUCUUCCGCCUGCACGACAGCUUCCCCAAGCCCAAGCGCGUGUGUAAGGAGCCCCCCUACAAGGUGGAGGAGUCAGGGUACGCUGGCUUCAUCAUGCCCAUUGAGGUGUACUUCAAGAACAAGGAGGAACCGCGCAAGGUCUGCUUCACCUACGACCUCUUCCUGAACCUGGAGGGGAACCCGCCCGUGAACCACCUGCGCUGCGAGAAGCUGACGUUCAACAACCCCACCGUCGAGUUCCGCUACAAGCUGCUCAUGGCCGGUGGGGUGAUGGUAAUGCCCGAAGGAGCAGAACCGCUGUCCAGGCCCAGCCCCGACUACCCCAUGUUGCCCACAAUUCCACUCUCUGCCUUCUCUGACCCCAAGAAGACCAAACCACCCCACAGCUCCAAGGACGCCAGCCGGGAGAGCGGCAAAGCCUGCAAGGCCCACAAGGCGGCCAAGGAGCACCGGGAGCGGCCCCGCAAGGACUCGGAGAGCAAAAGCUCCUCCAAGGAGCCCGAGCGCGAGCGGGAGCGGGAGCGCGAGCGGGAGCCCGCCCGCAGCACCAAGGACGCGGCGCGCAAGCUGGCCGAGGGCCGGCCGGCCAAGGAGGAGAAGCCGGCGCCGCCCAAGGCCGCCUUCAAGGAGCCCAAGAUGACCAUGAAGGAGACCAAGCUGGAGGGGCUGUCCCCCAAGGGCGGCGCCGCGUCCAAGUCUUCCUCCAGCAAGCGCCCGGCGCCCGCCGACUCGCCCAAGCCCGGCACCAAGAAGCCCAAGAAAAGCAGCUGUAAGAGCUCCCGGGGCGGCCCCGGCACCUCGCCCCGCACCUCCUCCUCCUCCUCCUCCUUCUCCGACAAGAAGCCGCCCCGGGACAAGGGCGGCGGCAGCGGCGGCGGCAAGGGCGAGAAGGUCAAGACCGAGAGCGAGCCCCGGGAGGCCAAGAAGGCCCCCGAGGUGGAGGAGUCCAACUCAGAGGACGAGGCGUCCUUCAAGACGGAGUCUGUCCAGUCCAGCCCGUCCACGUCCAGCUCCGGAUCCGACUCCAGCUCCGACUCGGACUUCGAGCCCUCCCAGAACCACAGUCAAGGCCCGCUGCGCUCCAUGGUGGAGGACCUGCAGUCUGGGGAGUCGGACGAGGACUCCUCGUCGGGAGAAGAGGCGUCGGGCAAGGCGGCCGCGGGCCGGGACUCCAGGCUGAGCUUCAGCGACAGCGAGAGUGACAACAGCGGGGACUCCUGCCCGCCCAAACGCGAGCCCCCGCCCCCGCAGAAGCCCCCCCCUCCCAACAGCAAGGCCUCAGGCCGGAGGAGCCCCGACACCUGCGGCAAGUCCGACAAGAUGCUCAGGAAAGGCACCUACGACAAGGCCUACACGGAUGAGCUGGUGGAACUGCACCGGCGGCUGAUGGCGCUGCGGGAACGCAACGUGCUGCAGCAGAUCGUGAACCUGAUCGAGGAGACGGGCCACUUCAACGUCACCAACACCACCUUCGACUUCGACCUCUUCUCCCUGGACGAGACCACGGUGCGCAAGCUUCAGAGCUACCUGGAGGCCGUGGCCACCUGACCCGGCCGCGCCCCCAGCACUGCCUUACCCCUCCCCGCGGCGGCCCCGCACCACCA